CCCCGGCGGGAUGCGCAGCAGCCCGCGUCUGUGAGUCCAAGUCCGGGGCGGGAGGGGGGCUGUGGUCGGGCGCUGCUUGGGGCCACCGGCCCCGGCCCGUGAAUGGGCUGCCUGGAGCCCGAGGACUUCCCUGCCUCCUCCCGCGCUGCGAGCCGGCGGGCCCGUCCUCGUGGAGCAAGCACCCGCCCUGCGCUGUAGCCCGAGGAGGCUCGCUCCGUACACAUCUGGGCUCGCCAGACGCGGGAGGAAGAUGAUCCCUCCGUGGACUUCAGCGGAUUGGAGCCGUCUCUCGCCCUGGCCGGUCUUGCUGCUGGUUCACUGCUGUGUCCUGCUCGCGAGUGCGGAUAACACCAGCCAGGCGUAUUACACAGCCCUCAUCAACGUGACGGUGUUGAACCCGGACCGAGUCAGCCCUACAUUGCUACGGAUCGAUCGUGGGCGCUACGGGCAGGAUUCGCCCAAAGUGGAGGUCAAAGGCCUGCUUCUGGCACCCGUGCCUAUCAACGGAGUGGCAGAUCGUCUGGGCUGUGAUCCUCGAACACGUUUCCAUGUUCCUCCAAAUACCAAGCAGUGGAUUGCCUUGCUGCAACGAGGAAACUGUACAUUUAGAGAGAAAAUAUUGCGAGCAGCUUCACAUAAUGCCACAGCUGUGGUAAUUUACAACAACAUAUCCAGUGAGGAACCUGUCACUAUGACUCAUCAAGGAACUGGAGACAUUGUUGCUGUCAUGAUUACAGAAUCCAAGGUAAAGGAGAUCCUAAAUUACUUGGAAAAGAACAUCUCUGUCCUGAUGGCAAUAGCAGUUGGAGCUCGUGUUCCUCCGAAGAAUAUUAGUCGUGGCUCUCUAGUCUUUGUGUCAAUAUCAUUCAUCGUUUUGAUGAUAAUUUCUUCAGCGUGGUUAAUAUUUUACUUCAUCCAGAAGAUCAGGUACACAAAUGCACGUGACAGGAAUCAGCGUCGUCUUGGAGAUGCUGCAAAGAAAGCCAUUGGCAAAUUGACAACCAGGACAGUAAAGAAGGGUGAUAAGGAAACAGACCCUGACUUUGAUCAUUGUGCUGUCUGUAUCGAGUGUUACAAGCAGAACGAUGUUGUCCGCAUUCUGCCAUGCAAGCACGUUUUCCACAAAGCCUGCGUGGAUCCUUGGCUUAGUGAGCACUGUACCUGUCCAAUGUGUAAACUGAACAUUUUGAAGGCUCUAGGAAUUGUUACAAAUGUGCCAUGUACAGAUAAUGUAGCCUUUGAUAUGGAAAGGCUCACCAGAGCCCAGCCAGCCAACAGACGAUCAGCACUUGGUGACUUUGCCAAUGACAACUCACUCAGCCAGGAGCCCCUGCGCACUAGUGGGAUGUCACAGCUUCCACAGGAUGGGGAAAUAACUCCGAGGACAGGGGAAAUCAACAUUGCCGUAACAAGUGGUCACUUCUUUCACCGCAACUCUCUGUCUCCUCGGAGCCUGGUCUAUGAGAGUGAAUUCUCCACACUCGAGCCUGCCUUGGACAUGUAUGAUGAGAACAAAACCUGAAAGGAAUGUGUGUUGGUUUCGGUUUCUUCCUUUUUUUUGUUGCUCAUUCCUGUUGUUGUAUACUCCUUCCAUGGGUGUCCUUUUGUCUGAAGAAGAGCUGCUUUUCCCAGAAUAUAAGCCUGGCUUCCAAGUUACAAAGAUGAAGCUCAACUAUGGUUGUUUCCAAGGACAUCAUCUCUGGGCCAACAAUGUGUGUACACAAAAUUGGCUGUUGUAAGUUGCAGAAUUGGCGUGCAAGCUAGCUUUGUCAGUCCAGCCGAGUCUGUACUAAAGAGGGGUUGCCCUGAUCAAGAGUUAUUUUUGUACUGCAAAAGUGUGUCUUGAAUAAGCACAUGAUCUUUCCAUUGUUUUAAUCGUGCGCAUGUUGGUUGACUAUCAAACAAGCUACCUGAUGGCAAAGGCAAUUGCAAGUAAAGACACUUCAUUUUUCUUCGGUCUCCCCAUGAGAUUAUUGUGAUGUGUCCCCUGUCUAAGAGGACCUGUAGAAAUGGAUUGACUUUCCUAUUACCUAUUUAACUCUGGGUAGUGAAAAACAGGUUGGCAUUAAAGCUCCAGAUAGGAGCUGUGUGUGAAGCAUGCAUGAAAGGCUUCCAAGUAACCCAGUGCUUCAAUUGUUCAGUUUCCACUGAAGUUGGACAAAGAUUUCCUGUACAGAAUGCAACUUCAGCCUUUCUUAGCCCCGCUGCCAAGUGAAUCUCUUGACAACAGGGAUGUUGUUGAUGUUCGUGGGCCCAGCAUUUGAUCCUCCUUAAAAUCAUUAUAUUUCUUGGGAAACGCACAGGUAUGUGGAUAGUUAUCCUCUCUUGAUUUUUUUAAAAAAUCCACCAAGUUUUUUCACUGAGAUUUUUUAGAAGCCAACAUGUUGUUGUUAUACACAGAACAAAAAGUAAGUUUCCAACCCUGUUCUCCCACUGAGACCUGCAACAGUUAAAUAACAAACUCUUUCUCAAGCGCUGUGCCCUUUCCUGUUGACAUCAAUGACAUGAAUGCAGAAAGCAGAAGAGUAAAGGAAAGCAACCAUGCAGUUUUGACACUUGGAGGAAAAGCAGUUUUUACCAGAACGUGACAAAAAAUGAUUGGGAAAUGAAUAUUCUAAAGCUUCUAAAUGGGUAAUGCAGAAAUAGAAAACAAGAUGUUGAGGUUUGUUUGUUUUUAGUAAACAGUGUUCCUUUAAAAAGCAGCUCUGGAGAGUAAGGCAGUGCACCUUUUCCUACUGAAUGCUGUGUAAUUGUUUAACACAUGUCAAUAUUUUCUCCAUUGCAGUCUGAGUUACUGUAGGUGUAGAAAUGCAUUUGUGUCCUUCAUAAUGUGAACAAGAUCUUCAUUCUAUAAUUGUAAUUUAGAACAAAUGGCAAACUGAAAUCUCCUGUUAUCUUUGAAUCUAAACAGCUUCUACUGUACAGGGAGAAACUUGCCUUCCUUUUAAUCAGUCCUCUUGGCCUGUAUUCUGACUUGGAGUGUGGUACAGUUGUGACCUACCCAGAUGUUAAAAACAAGAAAAAAACUCUGAAGUGAGGAAGUGAGCUGCUAGCAGAGCCAGCUUGGGCUGAUGCAGAGUUGUAUUUAAACUAAUCAUUCUAGACUGGAUAGUGCAGAGUUUAAAAAGUUUUAUCUUUUACAGCACCUUGUUUGUAUUUGCCAAAUAAAUUUUAUUGUAGUCUAAUUUUACAAACAUUUUUUUAAAAACCAAACUUUUUAAGAAGCACAGUUUUAACACACCCAGCAUUGUGGCUAUGAAACUGAAGAUUGGUGGGUGAUAUCACUAUAUCACUGUUAUCAAGUAAGAGACCCACAAUCAGCAUUUUUUGUUGUUCCUCAUUUAAAUCUGAGGAUCAGGGCAGAUACUUAUUGUGUGAUCACCCCUGAAGCUGGUCACCCAAACUCCUUGAAAGUCUGUCUGAAUUCAGGCACAGUGAAAGGCUGAUUGGACAAUUCUGGUUUUCAUUCUUGUAGCUGAGUGAUCAUUGCAUGCCGAUCUGUAAAAACAGCACGCUUCCCAAACCAGACAAAGGCACAGAAAUACAGUUCCCAUCUUUUAAGUACAGAGUGACUUUUAGCAGGCUUGUAACCGCAAGGCAGGAUGGGCAGGUUACAGCUGGCUUGAGCUAGGCAUUCUCACAAAUUGUAAAGUUUACCUGCAUCUAAGGCCUUGACUAUGCAGCAGAAUCCAGCCACCAGUGUACAGUGAAACCCAGUGAUGGGAAACCUAGUCUAGUGAAAGCGACGAGGAGUCCUGUGGCACCUUAUAGACUAACUGAAGUG